CUCAUUUCUCUUGGCCGUCAUACCUGUCUGUCAUCAGUUUAUACUGGGAAUGUUAGGAACAACAACAAAAUACUGUUCACUGCAUCUGUCUGGAAUACUGCUGGCUACAGAGGUCUUAAGAGGAAGAUAAGCAGGAAGGAUGAAUCGCUCCUGUGUGAACUGCCUGAAAACCAUGGUGAUCAGCCUCAACUUCCUGUGCUGGCUGUGCGGAGCGUUCGUGGUGGCGUUCGGGGAGUUCCAGAUGAUUCACUCUAAGUUCGCCUCCCUCAUCCCGACCUUCUGGCCCAUCUACCCCGCCAACACCCUGGUGGUCACCGGGACCAUCGUCACCUGUGUGUGUUACCUGGGAGUGCUGGGCGGCAUGAAGGAGAACCGCUGCAUGCUCAUCACAUUUUUCGUCUUGCUGUUCGUCCUGAUGCUGGUGGAGCUGGCCAUGGCCUGUGUGUUCCUGGUCUACAGCAGAAAGACUGAAUACUUUAAGAACGACCUGCUGCAGAGCCUGGAGAUCUACAGACAGUCUGGUCCAGACGGCAACAAGACCAUUAAAAAAGACUUUGAUGCAGUCCAGCACCUGUUUAGGUGCUGUGGCGUUAAUGAUGUGACAGACUGGAAAGGUGAUGUCCCAAUCUCCUGCUGUAACAAGGACCCCUGUAACAUCGUCCCCAUUACCAACUGGGAGGAGGGUUGUCUGGAGAAAGUGAGCGAGUGGUUUACCAGAAACUAUCGCAGCACAGGAGCAGGUGUUGUCACCAUGUUCAUCAUACAGUUUGUGUGCAUGUCUAUCAGCAUCCCUCUCUUUUGCCACUUCAGUCGAGAGGGACUGGGUUACCAGUGAAAAACCUGCACUUCACACUCACUUCCUGCAUGUCAACUGGUUGCUUUUCUCUCUAUCAACUUUUUUUAUUCAUCUGCUUCAAAUGCCUAGAAGGUUGAUGAAUGAUGCUGCCAUUUCCAGCAAUCAGGAGAAAACACUUUGUUCUUGAAUGCAAAAAAAAUUAAUGAAACAGAAACAUAUAGAGGAAUGGCAGCUUAUUAUCACUAUAGACAUCUAUAGACGCCUAUGAGGUAACGGAGCAUUGAAUAUGAAAGACGUAACAGGAGACAUUUCAUUGAUAGUCGUUAUGAAAUUAUAGUGGAAAAUCUUAACAGACGACAAAAGUUUCUGAGAAAGACAAUCCCCUGUGGGACUUAAUGACAAGUAUCACAAAACAGAUACAAUAUUCAAGAUGCAGGUUCUUGCACUGCAAAAAAGCCAACUUGUAUUUUUUGGCCUAAAACAGUGAUUUAAUUUGGUAAAACUUGGAAAUAUAAAUUAUUGACAUUUAGGGCAAUAAUGUAAGUUAGCACAACAAAGGAAGCCAGUUGUCUGCUCAAAAACAAGUUUGUGAGUUGUUGUUACUUAUAUCUUUAAGUUGGGGUUCACAACAAGGGACAAUAGUUCUGAUAACUCUUAUUUCUUUGUUGGGAAACGCGGGAAAUCGGUGAAAUUCAGUCAUUAGCGUAAGCUAACGGCUAA